UUGCGCAAGUAAAAUGUCGUUUCAUCAAUUCAAUCCAUUAACUGGUCGCUUAAGACAAUCCUCUCAAUUACAAUCUCUUUACCCAUUAUCUCCUAGACCGUUAGAAAAAUCAGAACAAAUAAUGAUGUACGACACGAAUAAAACCAAACCGGUAACAACACCUCAACAGGGUGCUAAGCGUUUCGCUUCUACGGUAGAUGCUACAGUAGCGAAAUUCCAAAAAGCAUACCAGGUUGACCCGUCAAAACCAACGUAUCUUUUACGUGGCAAAUCAGACAGAUUGCUUCUCGGUAUAAAUACCGCAAUUUGUGUUACCAGUUUUGUAAUCAACAUGUAUUACAUGAAUGUACUGAGAAAGAAGUUCUCCCAAUAAUAAAUUAUAGAAAAAUCGA